AUGAAUCGUGUUGGAUUUGCUGCCCAAACUAUGGAACUCUUCAGCAAUGAUGUAAUGAAUCCACAACAGAAAUUCAAAUGGAUGGAUAAACCAGCUGGUGAUUCUAGUCCACUUGCUUUUUUAAAACCAUUAGAUUCAUUAUUAGUUAAAGAAAUUGUUUCAGUAACUGAGUUUAUGUUGUCAAUGACACCUCAAUCAAAAUAUGGAAUUUUUAAUGAUAGAGGUGAACAAGUUUAUUAUGCAUUUGAAGGUAAAGAUUUUAAUUAUAAUCUUUUCUUAAAACGAAAGAAAAAACCAUACUGUUUAGAGAGUGAUUUUUGUCAACGUGUAUAUUGUCCAGCAAAUCGUCGAUUUGAUCUUCACAUUGUGGACAGUACAAAUCAAGAAAUAAUUCGUGUAAAGCGUGAAUUUAAAUGUUGUGCAGGAUCGGUUUGGUGUGCUUGUUGUGCAGCAUGUAGUCAUGAAAUAAUUGUUGAAUCUCCUCCUGGUACUGUAAUUGGCUAUGUUACUCAAGAAUGUAGUUUACGCCGCGUGCAUUAUGCUCUAAAGGAUGCAAAUGAUAAUGUUGUAUUGAAAAUUGUUGGCCCAGGGUGUAUGUGUGAUGGACCAUAUGCUUGUUGUUGUGAAAAUAAAUUUACCCUGAUAGGUACUGAUGGUGAAUCAGAAAUAGGAUCUAUCCAUAAAAAAUAUCGAGGAUAUCUUGCUGAAGCUUUGACUUCUGCUGAUACUUUUACUAUUAAAGUUCCACUUGAUUUGGAUGUUCGAAUGAAAGCAGUUGCACUUAGUGCUUUAUUUUUAAUUGAUUUUGCUCAUUUUUCUGAACCACCUCGACGUAAACAACAAUUUUCAUAUUGA